AUGGAAGGAAACUUGCCCUAUUAUAGCGCUGCUGCCUAUCAGGCUCAUAUUGAGGCAAUGGAAAUCAACUACAGCCUCCGAUACUGUAGCCCAACCAACCCGUGGCAUGGGUGGGAGCAUGAGAAAAUCCUUCAUUGUCCCUUGGUCAGUCUGUGGGGUCAUCUAGAGCCUGGUCGACCUUCUGGCGUUGCUGAUGGGGGCUCAGUGACAUCCUUUAUGAUGUAG